AACACUCAUGGAACUGGUCUCAAUGGCCUGAAUUUUGUCAGCGAUGAUGCCUUACAAAUACGACCACCGGUUGACUUGUCUUCAAGCGACCAAGAUGUUGCAUUUGGUAGCGCUGGCACUUCGACACCCGAAGCGUCCGGCGAUCCGGCAGCUUUGUUGGCCGUGGAAAUACGCUCACUACCACAGCUUCUCCGAACGGCCUCGAUUCUAACCGAGUUCGCCCACCACUGCGCACAAACCCGCCUUUGCCGACUGCUAACUGCUCGAUCUAAGCCAGUCGCUGUGAGUCCGCUGUCGGUUUGCCUGCAGAAACUGUGCUUGGAGUAUAUUGAGCGUUUCCAUACACAACGUCGCUCGAAGAUGAGUGCGAUUCUGGAUGCGGAGUUGUGGAAGGCUGCCGAAGUAGGUGCUGAAUUUCAAUGUCUCGUAGAUGAAUCACUUCGCACAGGGCGGCUAAGAAAUGUCCCCGCGCCAGGUCUGACGGCAGGAGGAGGAGAAGCGCUCAUGGUUGACAACACUUCGUUUGUGGUUGUGAGCUCUGCCUUGGUCUUUUCAAAAAUCCUCGCUGACUAUUGCGAAUGUUUUGCUGCACUACCGGAAUUCGCUGCCGAUAUUUUGUCGCGUGUCGUCGAGCUUUUGAAGGGAUUCAACAGUCGCUGUUGUCAGCUGAUCUUGGGUGCGGGAGCCCUACAGCUGGUUGGUUUGAAGACGAUUUCUGUGCGGAACUUAGCUCUCGCCUCGCGAUCAUUACAGCUGAUCGUCCAUUUUGUGCCAUUAGUAGCUCACGAAGCUGAGCUUGCUCUUAGAGAGGACCAAAAACACCUCCUGCGGCAUUUCAAACAGGCUUUAACUGACUACAGUGACCAUAUAGGAGAGAUAACGUCGAAGCUUGUCAGCGUUAUUGAUCACCAUACAACCAACUGCUUGAAUAAUUGGGAAAUAAGCUCUUCAGUGCCAUCACCGUCUUUCCAACAGAUCUGUCGACAGAUGCAAAAAUUUCACAACGGUCUAGCUGGCAUAAUACCAGAUGAUCAAAUCAAGUCCUUGUUUGAAACGGUACAUGAGCACUUCAAAGGAAAUUUGAAGCUACAGCUAGCGAAGGUUGGCAUCUCACCACACGACUCUCUGAAAUAUGGUAAGAUUUUGCUCAGAACCGCCAUGUCUAAAACUAAAUUUUUGGGAAUAAUUGGAGGUUUUAUAGCCGAUGAGGGUUUUUUUUUCAGAUUUGUAUCACAGGACUACGCAUUUUAUGCGCAGAGUUUGCGUGCGAUGUCGAGCUGUUCGGAACUUCAUGUCGAGUCACUUAAUGAUGUUAUUUAUGGACGGUGA